AUGCAUCUCAUGUACACGCUCGACGCGCAGGGCAACCGCCUCUACACGCUCAAGAAGGUGGCCCACGGGCAGGUGACGAAGUCUGCGCACCCGGCGCGCUUCUCGCCCGACGACAAGUGGUCGCGGCAGCGCGUUACGCUCAAGCGCCGCUUCGGCCUGCUGUUGACGCAGCAAAAGGACGAGGGCGAGGCCGCGCAGUAG